GAUGUCGCCGCUCGGAUUUUCAGUUGUUCCGAAAUGGCUGUUCUGAUCGUAUUGCUGAUCGGUGUAAUCACCUUCGUGGCGUGGUAUGUGCACCAGCGCUUUAACUAUUGGAAGCGUCGCGGCAUUCCCCACGAUGAGCCCAAAAUUCCGUUCGGUAAUACCAGCGAGCUAAUGAAAACCGUUCAGUUGUCGGAUAUUUUCAAGAGAACCUAUAACAAGUACAAGAACAAGACGGACGGACCAUUUGUGGGUUUUUAUAUGUACUUCAAGCAGAUGGUAGUUGUAACCGAUAUUGAUUUCGUUAAGACCAUACUGAUUCGCGAGUUUGAUAAGUUCCACGAUCGCGGCGUAUUCCAUAAUGAACGAGAUGAUCCACUGUCCGCCCAUCUAGUGAAUAUCGAAGGUCAGAAGUGGAAAACCCUGCGCCAGAAACUUACGCCCACGUUUACCUCUGGCAAGAUGAAGAGCAUGUUUCCCACUAUUCUGACCGUGGCAGAUGAUCUGAUUCGGGUUUUUGGACAAACAGCUAGUGCUGAAGGCGAUUCCAUGGAGAUCACAAAUGUGGUGGCCCGUUUCACCGCCGAUGUCAUCGGGACUUGCGCCUUCGGCUUGGAUUGCCAUAGCUUGUCGGAUCCCAAGGCGGAGUUUGUCCAAAUGGGUACGGCCGCCAUUACCGAGCGGCGCUAUGGCAAGUCCAUGGAUUUACUUCUGUUCGGAGCCCCCAAGCUGGCCGCCAAGUUGCGCAUGAAGGCGACUGUCCAGAAGGUCGAGGACUUUUACAUGAACAUCAUCCGGGACACUGUUGAUUAUCGCGUAAAGAACAAUGUGAAGAGAAACGAUUUCGUGGAUAUGUUGAUUGAAAUGAAAUUGAAAUACGAUAAUGGGGAUAAGGCAAAUGGGCUGACCUUUAAUGAAAUCGCUGCCCAGGCGUUUAUAUUUUUCUUGGCUGGAUUCGAGACCAGUUCGACCACAAUGGGAUUUGCUCUUUAUGAGCUGGCCUGCCACCAGGAUAUUCAGGAUAAACUUAGAACCGAAAUUGAUGCGGUCCUGAAAAAACAUAAUGGGAAACUGGAUUACGACAGCAUGCGAGAGAUGACUUAUUUGGAAAAGGUCAUCGAUGAGACCAUGAGGAAACGUCCUGUCGUCGGUCAUUUACUCCGCGUUGCAACUCAAGACUACCAACAUACCAAUCCGAAAUAUAACAUUGAAAAAGGAACUGGAGUGGUCAUACCCACACUGGCUAUACAACACGAUCCAGAGUUUUAUCCAGAGCCCGAGAAGUUUAUUCCAGAGCGUUUUGAUGAGGAUCAGGUGCAACAGCGUCCUCCCUGCACUUUCCUGCCCUUUGGUGAUGGUCCUAGGAACUGCAUCGGUCUUCGAUUCGGACGGAUGCAGGUCAUCAUUGGCAUGGCCUUGUUAAUCCACAACUUCAAGUUCGAGUUUCAUCCCACCAAAACUGUCGUUCCUUUAGAAUAUAGGACCGAUGAUAUUCUACUGAGCGCGAAGGGCGGAAUUCACCUGAAAGUCAGUAGAGUGUGAGCUAUAAAGAUAAUUAACGAAUUAUUCGGUUAAAGCUUUGUUCUUGCGACGUAAAUACUAAUACUAAUACUUGAUUGAAUUGAAUACUUUUAGACAUGCACACAUGCACUUAAUUAUACCUUUUGCAUCACCUACAGUUAUACGUUUAUUAAUUGGUGAAUUAGUUUGUAUAUUUUGAUGUAGCUUAGUUUAAGGUUUCAAAAGAAAUGUUUUGAAUCGUAACAAUGACAUAUUUAUUAAAUAAAUUUACAUCUAAAAUGA